AUGCUUUGUUUAAAGUUUGGAUGGCUUUUUACGUUUUUGUUAUACCGUAUCGCUAUACGCUUGCAACCGGGUGUACUUUUGUGCCGUUUUCGUUUGCCAAUUGCUUGCAAGGAAACCAUUUUAUUGCGUUUUUAUCGGAAUGCUGUGGAUUUAUUGCGGUUAAACCGUUGUUGCGAUUGGUUGCUUUGUAUUACAAGCUUGGUUUUUUAUCCUUUUUUUUCCAAACGGCGCUUAUACAAUUUAUCGCUGGUUUUAACCACAAUAAUAACGUAUUCGGCGAAAAAUUUGGAUCGGUUAACCUUUAAAAUUUUGUUUUUUACGUUAUUUCGAAGCUUAUUAUAUAAAUGGGCCAUUUUGGUUUGCAAUUCGUUAUUUAUUAAUUUAGCCAAAUACCUUUUAAAAAAAUUUGCCCAUACGGGCUCGAACCAUUCUUUUAUUUUGCUUUUAAAGCGAAUGGUUACCGCUUUUUUUACCGUUGUACCAAUUAAAGGUAAAAAAUUUGUAAAUUCGAACCGCCGUUUGCGGAACGCUAGUUUAUUGCUUAAAUUGGGUAAGGUUUGCGGUUAUAGCUAUAAACGCGGCUUUAACUUUUAUUACUUUUGUUAUAUCUUAAAAUGUUACAAUUAA